CUUGUUGGAUAAGUCAGGUUUUGGUAGAUCGAGAGGUUCGAUACAAAAAGCAAACCAUUUCAGUAGCGAAUCCCCCAAUUUUCACUCCAUUCCUUCUUCUUUCUCAUCUCCAUUCUCCCUCUCCGUUCCCAGAAACUUGCUUCCCCAAUAGGGUUUCUAAAACCCUAGUUUUGAUUUUUCGAUUCAUUCCUCUUUUCCCACAGAUCCGAGCUCCGUUUCAGUCUUCGUUUCCUCAAACCUAUGGCGACCUUGGUGAGCUCGGCGGGUGGGCUCUUGGCGAUGCUUAAUGAGACCCAUCCCUUGCUUAAGCUUCACGCUCUCUCCAAUCUCAACAAUUUGGUUGACAACUUUUGGCCCGAGAUCUCAACUAGCGUCCCUGUCAUUGAAAGCUUGUAUGAAGAUGAAGAAUUCGAUCAACAUCAGAGACAAUUAGCAGCGUUACUUGUGUCAAAGGUCUUCUACUACUUGGGUGAACUUAAUGACUCCCUAUCUUAUGCUCUUGGAGCUGGUUCACUUUUUGAUGUUUCUGAAGAUUCUGAUUAUGUUCAUACUCUUCUAGCUAAAGCUAUCGAUGAAUAUGCUAGUCUUAAGUCUAAGGCAGCAGAGUCAAACACAGAAGGGACAACUGUUGACCCAAGGUUGGAGGCAAUUGUGGAGAGAAUGCUUAAUAAGUGUAUAACGGAUGGGAAAUACCAACAAGCUAUGGGAAUUGCGAUUGAGUGCCGAAGAUUGGACAAAUUAGAGGAAGCAAUCACAAAAAGUGAUAAUGUUCAAGGAACUCUCUCCUACUGCAUAAAUGUUUCACACUCAUUUGUUAACCUUAGAGAAUAUAGACAUGAGGUUCUUCGUCUUCUUGUCAAAGUAUAUCAGAAGCUGCCUUCUCCAGAUUAUUUGAGUAUUUGUCAGUGUCUUAUGUUCUUGGAUGAACCUGAAGGUGUUGCAAGCAUAUUGGAAAAGCUUCUUCGAUCUGAAAACAAGGACGACACUCUUCUCGCAUUUCAAAUUGCCUUUGAUCUCAUAGAGAACGAGCACCAGGCAUUUUUAUUAAAUGUGAGGGAUCGGCUUUCAAAUCCCAAGCCUGAACCUCCGGCAGCAGCACAGCCUAGUUCGAACGAGUCUGCUCAAAGUGAGAGUUCUCCUGCUGCUGAUGCUCAAAUGACCGAUGGAAGUUCUGCCCCCAGUCUAAAUGUACAACAAGCAGAUCCAAAGGAGGUAGUAUAUGCUGAAAGAUAUGCAAAAAUCAAGGGAAUUCUAUCAGGAGAAACAUCAAUACACUUGACCCUGCAGUUCUUAUACAGUCACAACAAAUCGGAUCUUCUCAUUCUGAAGACAAUAAAGCAAUCUGUUGAGAUGAGAAACAGUGUCUGUCACAGUGCUACAAUUUAUGCUAAUGCAAUCAUGCAUGCUGGAACCACGGUGGAUACAUUUCUCCGUGAGAACUUGGACUGGUUGAGCAGGGCCACCAACUGGGCUAAGUUUAGUGCUACAGCAGGGCUUGGUGUUAUUCACAGAGGCCAUUUGCAGCAGGGAAGAUCUCUUAUGGCACCAUACCUGCCACAAGGUGCAUCUGGUGGUGGCGGCAGUCCUUACUCAGAGGGUGGUGCCCUUUAUGCUCUAGGUCUUAUUCAUGCCAACCAUGGUGAAGGCAUAAAACAGUUCCUUCGAGAUAGCCUACGAAGUACUAAUGUAGAGGUUAUACAACAUGGUGCUUGCUUGGGUCUUGGUUUGGCAACUCUAGGGACUGCUGAUGAAGAGAUUUAUGAUGACAUCAAGAGUGUACUAUACACAGACAGUGCCGUUGCUGGUGAAGCUGCUGGCAUCAGUAUGGGCUUACUUAUGGUUGGUACGGCGAGUGAGAAGGCUAGUGAGAUGCUUGCCUAUGCACAUGAGACACAGCAUGAAAAGAUCAUCCGUGGCCUAGCAUUGGGGAUAGCCCUCACCGUUUAUGGAAGAGAAGAAGAAGCUGAUACCUUAAUUGAGCAGAUGACUAGAGAUCAAGAUCCUAUAAUUCGCUAUGGUGGUAUGUAUGCAUUAGCAUUGGCAUACAGAGGUACAGCAAACAACAAGGCAAUUCGUCAGUUGCUUCAUUUUGCUGUAUCCGAUGUGAGCGAUGAUGUUAGGAGAACAGCUGUUCUUGCCCUUGGGUUUGUCCUCUACUCAGAGCCUGAACAGACGCCUCGAAUUGUCUCCUUGCUGUCUGAAUCUUACAACCCACAUGUUCGAUAUGGUGCUGCUCUUGCAGUGGGCAUAUCUUGUGCGGGUACUGGAUUGAGUGAGGCUAUAUCCUUGUUGGAGCCCCUAACAUCAGAUGUUGUUGAUUUCGUUCGACAAGGUGCCCUUAUUGCAAUGGCUAUGGUCAUGGUCCAGAUUAGUGAAGCCAGUGAUUCUCGUGUUGGAGCAUUCAGGCGACAAUUGGAGAAAAUAAUUUUAGAUAAGCAUGAAGAUACCAUGAGCAAGAUGGGAGCAAUCUUGGCAUCAGGAAUUUUAGAUGCUGGCGGUAGGAAUGUUACUAUAAGGUUGUUGUCCAAGACCAAACAUGACAAAAUCACUGCAGUUGUUGGUCUUGCUGUUUUCAGCCAGUUUUGGUAUUGGUAUCCCCUUAUCUAUUUUAUCAGCUUGUCCUUCUCACCCACGGCAUUUAUUGGACUGAAUAACGACCUAAAAGUUCCAAAGUUUGAUUUCCUGUCUCAUGCAAAACCGUCAUUAUUUGAGUAUCCUAAACCGACCACUGUGCCUACUGCUACGUCUGCCGUAAAACUUCCAACUGCAGUUUUGUCAACUUCAGCAAAGGCUAAAGCCAGGGCUAAGAAAGAAGCUGAACAAAAGAACAUUGCUGAAAAGUCGUCUGCAGCUGAAUCUUCAUCUACAGGUUCUAAUCCUGCUAAAGGGAAGGUGUCCUCUGAGAAGGAUGGUGACUCCAUGCAGGUUGACAACCCACCUGAGAAGAAAGCAGAACCAGAGCCCUCUUUUGAAAUUCUGACCAACCCAGCUAGAGUGGUUCCUGCUCAGGAAAAAUUCAUCAAAUUUUUAGAGGAAAGCAGAUAUGUACCGGUGAAGUUGGCGCCUUCGGGUUUCGUUCUACUAAAAGACUUGCAUCCUUCUGAACCUGAGGUCCUCUCUCUAACGGACACACCGUCAUCAACAGCAUCACCUGCCAGUGGUUCAGCAACUGGGCAGCAAGGUUCCGGAUCAGCCAUGGAUGAGGAGCCUCAACCACCCCAGCCUUUCGAAUACACAUCAUGAUCAUCCUACCCGUUGAUUUGUUUUGACUUGGUUGGUACUGAUGUCAUCUUUUCCGGAAGACAUUGCAGAGCAAUCUCGGCAGAAGUAAAAUGCAGGAUAUUAUUUUGAGUUAGGUUAGCUCGACGUGCUACCGACGCCUAUGUAUGAACUGGAUUUCUUUCUUUUCCUUGUAUCAAUGUUUCAAAUUCUAGGAAGAUGGGAAUGAAAUUGUGUAUGGAAAGCUGAAACCACUCUAUGCUCAAAAGUGUUUGAUGCCAUUUGUAGUCGAGAUAUUAUUAUCGUGGCCUAGCAUCUAGGCGACUGAAGAGCUCAGUGAUACUUCUUUACCUCCAAUAUAGUUAUCUUUUCUCCCCCUUCCCCAUCUGCUUUCCAUAUUAUUCCCCUCAUUUGGGAGUUGCUUCAGAAAAAUGGUAGAACUCUACCAGCUCUGCAAUUAAACAAGGUGGUGUUAUGCCCUUGCCA